UCCAUAUAUUUACGUUACUAUUAUUUCCUUUCGCGUUCCUAUCCUAAGUACUUAGCUUUCUCAAAUAUAUACGGAUCGCCCAUUUGGCACUAGAAAGUAAAAGAGCCUGAUCUUUUCAACUCACUUGACAACAAGAAGAAAGAAGGGCCGAGUUUUAUGAUUUUCGUGCAGACUGAAUCUAACCGACACAAAGACUCAAACGCGCACAUCGACAAUGUACGCUAUCUUUAUUUAAUCCUGUUUUUGUUCCUACUGUUCGUUUGCGUCAUGCCCAGGUAGAAAGUCAAUGUAGAUUUUUUUGGCGUUUAUUCGAAAUCCUUUUGUCAGGUUAUUCAGGUUGCCAUAGACAGAGGAGAAUGAACUGAAACACUUGUGAUCGUAUCUUAAUUGCAUCUUAGCUGUCUACAUCAACGGCAACAUUUCGUUCUGUAUAAAGAACACAGUGAUACUCAGCUUCUCUAAUCCUCAACCUUCUGCACAACGAGGGAAGAGCCAAGGGAAAAGAUUCCGUGAUGAAUUCAAACUCUAGCUUUGAUUUUCAAAACAUUUUUGCAGGUACUGUAACGUCUGCACGCAAAACUAGGUCCUUGAUGGUAUGGAUUCUUAGUUAAAAGCACAGUUCACACGAGCUUCAUCCCGCCAUGUUAAACACUUUGUUCUCUACCCAUAGUGCUCCUGUACUCGAAUGCACAGACUGCCCAUUAUUUACAUUCAUUAACCUAUGACAUUUGUCUCUUUAAGUCUGACAUUUAUCCAAAACAGUUUUUUGUUAACACGGUUUUCAUGGUAACCAUCUCUUGACAUCUAAAAUCAAUCACAUAUCAUCAUCAUCAUCAUCAUCAUCUUCUGAAAGUGGGCAAUAGUGUACCGAAGUAAGUGUGACAUUGUGUUUUAAUCUCAUAUUCCAGUUAUACAAAUCCAGAUUUGAUGGUGUGGUCAUAUAUUGCUUUGACCCUAUUUUUCAAUUUCGAACACAAUGUCACAUCCAAGAUGACAGCUCUUUAGAAUUCCGAUGCAUUCUACAUGUGACAAGUUGCAAGUGCGUUAUUCUAUUGACAUUGUCACAGUUCUGUUGAAAUACCUAGGCGUAAUAAAACCUUGCUCCACCAGCUCAAAAAAUCGAGGGCUUUUCCAUCUUCAGCAGCUUCAAGAAAGACUCGGCCACCAUAUUAAAACAAGUCUGUUUCGUUGCUCCUACAAGUAUAUACUUGUUUGCGUUCACAAUUAAGAUGCACAAUACAUAUUGAAAUUGAAACUAAACGUUUUGUGAAGAACCGCGAAAAUUGUAACGUACAAGUCCAUAAGUCUAUUGUCUACUUGCGAAUAUUCCAUUUUCCCAAUUAUUCUUCAUGACACGUUAAUUACGUACUACACUCAAGUCUUCUUGGUAAGUGAAGGAGUGUAUCUAUCCCUUGGCCGAUGUAAUUUCCGCUUUUCGUAAAAAUGUUACGACACAACAAAACCCCUUGGUUAGUUUAUUGACACAGUAAGACAAACAGUCAUUACAAUUUUUAAUUAAACGUAAAGUUUUUCAGUAUUAUCUUAUUUCCAUGUAGUAUAACCAGAUGCACACUGUACUAAUCAUAAGCCAACACAUAAACAGCAACCCGGUAAAACCAAAAAAUUUGGAGAAAAAGCGAGGACUGUAAAAGGUGCAGGUAGAAAACAGUUUAUCGAACUUGUUUUGUGACAGGUAAUCAAGAAAGCAAAAGUUACAGGGAAAGAAACAUCCUUAGAGGUUACUAAACGUCGGUUCUUGAGUUAGUAAGCCAUAGUAUAUCAACCGUUGUUAACACAGUAUUCUAUAGCAUAUUUCUAUCAUUUUUUAAAGAUUCACAAGGAGUUUUUUUUUGCUAGCCAAUACUGGUAAUGAAUUGGGUAAAGCAGAGACUAGACAGCAGUUAUUCUCGUUAUUGCCUCGAGGGCGAGUUAAUGAAAUCACCAUUAUGACCGAUAUAAAAUAUGUAAAAACAAAUAACUAUAACUGAACUAUUGCUUGUGAUUUUGAAAACCUAAGGAUGGGUAAGUGUUUUCAAAGGCUUUUAACCCUAUUCAGAAAGCGUUUAUUUUUGCUUCUGCCCCCUCUACAACUUCAAAACCUUCUCAUAAUACGGCCAAAAUUCUAUAGAAUGGCGUACUCAUAAUUUCCAACAUCCAGUUAUAACUUGACUGGCACAAUGACGUAAUUUGACGUCAUUAUGACGCUAUAUUAUUGAAUUUACUGGCAGAACCCAAAUUUCAUCAAUUUUCCCCUUAAAGUGGUCAUAAAGGAAAAAGCCUACGUAAUACUUUAUCUGAUAAAAACAUAGAGUUUGCUAACAUAUAAUCUUUAACAAUAGCAGUGAUGACAUCAUGACGUCAUCUAAUAUAACAAAAGGUAAUAGAACAAUCCGCCAUGAUUUUGGAUCUGUCAUUUUUAAUUAAUUAAAUGUAUUCCAAUUUGCUUAAAACCCAAGGUAUAAAACACGAUAAUCGUGAUAGAAAUUUUGAUCUAUGUAUAAAAAGAUGCUUACUGAUGUGACCAAAACGCUGUUAUACUGAGGUUCCAUAUCAUUUAUUAGCAAGUUUAUAGGUGAUCCACCCUAAAGGUUUUUAAAAAUUGUGCGUAAAUAAGGUACAAUUAACGCUUCCCUCAGAGGGGCACCUUUAUAUUGAAAAAUGGAAAACCUUGCAUACUGGAAACUUCAGAAAUUGAUUACCAAACAUCAGAAAAGUGAAAUGUUUACAUUUAUCGUGACGAAUGCUAGCGAUGUAAUUGAAUUUGAUGGCGAUUCGGAUCUGAAAUUAACAUUGAUGUAGAGGAAGUCUAUGCGCUUAUUUCAUUGGUUCAAAAAGACCGGCAUCAUCUUUAUAAAGCAUAUUUUAGAGAUUGUUUGACUUUUGAACUUCUAAAUGAAUCCUUAUAGAGUACCGUGAGGUUAAUCAAAUUUCUUUAAAACCGCUCAAAGCUUCAUUUCUCGAAGCAGACUGUGUUUCAGAAAAUUGGCUUUUGCCUAACAUUUUGAUAUGAUGCUGAUCUAUUAGUGGCGAAACUUUUGUUCGUGAAAGACUUUUCAUUGUUAUAUUUGUUUUUUGGGGAUAUGCAAAUGCGUAAAUCAAACACACCUGUUCAUCGAGCUUUGCAAGCACGUCCAAUCGAUUAUCGCUUUAGUACGAAAUCUUAAUCGUGGUCUAUCAUAACUCAUUUCUUUCAACAAACUAUAGCAAUUACCUUUUUUUUUCUUACAGAAGAAACAGCCUGUGAUACAAAUCCCCCAAGGACAAACAGCUCGUGAUAAACGUCUUUGGAUCUACUUUCUGAUUGAACGCCAAACAAGCAACGAAGUCAACCGAUAAGCAUCAGACACAAGACAGUCACAUGAUAUAGAUCUCAGAAGGGCAGGCAAACUACUAUGGCAGACUCUGGAAAUAAUCCGCAGUCUUCCUUCGUUCAUUCAUCUGGAAUUCCCUUGGACACGAUUCCCGCCAUUAUCAUGAUGGUUAUUAUUCUGUUAAUAAACGGUGGUGUGAUUCUCCUCAUUUGCUGCUUCUCCUCUCUUAGAACCACCAGUAACCUUAUCCUCUGCAGCUUAGCCGUGUCAGAUUUUCUCGUGGGUUUCUUGGGUAUACCUCUCGUUGUCGCAUGCAGCGCUACAUUUUUAACUCCAGUUUGCCUGAGUGCCAACACAUUUUUCACUUUUAUGUCAAAGUCAACGGUGCUACACAUCACUGCCAUGACUUGCGAUCGAUACAUUUACAUAAAGUGGGCUAUGAGGUAUCGCCAUAUCGUCAACCGCUUCAGGGUCUUGACUGUUCUGGGAUUCAUAUGGCUCAUAAGUCUGUCUUCUCUGAUUCGACUGUCAUGGACCUCGCACGUCAACACCCACAGCGCCGCAGAAGACCUGGCUCUUGUUCAAGAAAAAGACACGACCUACCUCCUAUUCAACCUCACCGUUUUUUUCGGAGUUUUACUGAUUGUUAUGGUUGCGUUAGACGCACGCAUGUUGCUGUUAAUACGGAAGCAACGCCGAAGAAUAUCACAGGAAAACUUGCCAGCCGAUUUUUUAAGACACGAAAAGAAGAAACAACGGCGUAAAAGAAGGGCUGUCCUGACAUGCGUAUUGCUGUUAUGUCUUUACGUGUUAUUUUGGUUGCCUUAUUUCAUUCUUGAGCUCGUUCUUCAGGAUCCACAUAUCCCAGAAUUCGUUAUCACUACUAUUUACUAUCUAAGGUUGUGCCCAUCGCUCUUCAACCCAGUGGCGUACACUUUAAGAAAACUUGACUUGAGGAGAAAAGCAAAAUACAUUCUGUAUACGAUAUUUACUUGUCGGCCCCUUAAGGGCAUGUCACAAAGACCCUUGAAGCAUGUGCAAAGUAGUCUAGCACACGUGUGA